UUUUUGAGCAGGCGAAACAUGAACAAAGUCCGGGGAUCGGCCAUUUCGCGUAUCGGAACAUACCAUCCUCAGACUAUAACGUCGUAGUGAUAGUCUGCCUUUCCUUUACCUUAGCAAUGUUGAUCUAAAAUUUUCUUUCAUUAACCAGCCCCUCACGAUGUCGAAAAUCAAUAUUAAAACGACCUUUGAGGUAGCGAACACAAUCCGCCCCAUUUAUACGGGCGGGAGUGUUUCGCUCGACGCAAGCGGCCGGUUUUUGGUAGCGUGUGUUGGCGAAGAUGUUCUGAUUACAGAUCUAAGCACUGGCGCACAAUUGGCGACGAUUGAGGGAGAUGGAGAGGUGAUUACGAGUGUAUCAAUAACCCCGUCAGCAUCACACCUAGCAAUUUGCUCGCGAUCGUUGUCAAUGCGGAUUUACUCCCUAGUACAAUUGGCGGAACCCUCCCUUUCUAUACAGGUGGAGCUACUCAGAACCCUCAAACCCCAUACCUCGCCCGUAGUAACUUCAGCCAUCGAUGUGACUGGCACCUUGUUGGCCACCGGUAGUUCGGACGGGUCAAUUAAAAUAUGGGAUAUACGACGUGGAUUUGCUACACACACUUUCCAUGGUCAUGGAGGGGUGAUAUCUGCCCUAUGUUUCUUCGAGGCAGCAGGCUCCAAUGCUGCCGAUGAACUCUCUAGUAACAGGAAAAGUAAAGGAUCGAAGUCCACAUACGAUAGCAAUAACUCCAGACAUGGAGAUUUUGGCCCCUCUACCGCGGGAUUCCGCCUUGCGUCUGGUAGCGAAGAUGGGAAAAUCCGAGUAUGGGAUCUUCACAAAAGAAAAACCAUUGCGUCACUCGAGUCACACGUUUCUGUUGUGCGCAGCCUCUCGUUUUCGCCUUCCGAGAAUGCGCUUUUGUCUGCCAGUCGCGAUAAGACAUUGAUUAUGUGGGAUGCUAGAACCUGGAAGACCCGAAGAAUCAUUCCAGCGCUUGAAAGUGUUGAGGCAGCAGGCUUUCUGUCCGAUGAAUCGCUCUGCUACAUUGGUGGAGAAAAUGGCCGACUGCGGAUAUGGGACCCAAGCAGAGGGAGCGAAGUCACAAAAGACCAGGAUCCGGGCCAAGAUCAGGAAGGCAUAAUCGCGUGCGAAUACUCUCCAAAUUUGCCCUGGGUCAUGACGAUUCAUGCGGAUCAGACCUUGAGACUACAUUCUAUUGAACCCCUUCUGUCUCUAAAGCCCAGUACGAAGAUCGACCCCCUACCUAUAAUACGCAGAAUUUCUGGAAACGACGAUGAGGUUAUUGACUUGGCUUGUGUUGGCCGCGAUCGAUCAUUGGUGGCCUUGGCUACCAAUACCGAGUAUAUUAGAAUCGUAUCCACAAACAAGCAAUAUUCUACAGGCUCGCAGCCUGGAGAAGAGCAAGAUUAUUUUGGAGCGGAAGUCAGGCACUUAGAAGGGCACGAAGAUAUUAUUAUAUGUCUGGAUGUCGACUGGUCAGGUUGCUGGCUGGCGACGGGUGCCAAAGAUAAUACGGCACGGUUAUGGCGUAUCGAUACCGAAUCAUCCUCCUUUACCUGCUUUGCUACCCUUACCGGCCACGCAGAAUCACUAGGUGCUAUUGCAUUUCCCCGGGCUCCACCUCCACCGAACUCUCUCGCUUUCCAAGAUCCACUGAGCCAUCCUCCUCCCUUUCUUUUCACUGGAUCUCAAGACCGCACCCUCAAACGAUGGGAUACGUCUAAACUAUCCGCGUCCAAAAGUCUUAACACCAACGCGCCGAAGGCGCUGUAUACCCGGAAAGCGCACGAUAAAGAUAUCAAUGCGCUUGAUGUCAACUACUCCUCCACUCUCUUCGCUUCUGCUUCCCAAGAUCGCACCGCGAAAAUAUGGUCUGUAGAAGAUGGCUCCGUUCUAGGAAUCCUCCGUGGCCACAAGCGAGGGGUCUGGUCUAUCCGGUUCGCCCCUAAAGAUACCCCAGUCAUAACAUCAGAUUCAGGCACUAGUACUAGUAGAGGUGUCGUGGCAACUGGUUCAGCAGACAAGACCAUAAAACUCUGGAGCCUGUCAGAUUACAGCUGCCUCCUUACUUUCGAAGGACAUACGAACAGUGUUCUCAAACUGCUCUGGCUACCCCCACCACUAAUUGAUAGUGACAAUGAAGACAUAUCCUCGCGCGGCGCGGUUCAGGUCCAUCCUCUUGUCGCCUCAGCCGGUGCGGAUGGCCUAGUCAAGAUUUGGUCCCCAUACAGCGGAGAAAUAGAGACCACCCUUGAUAACCACGUUGACCGUGUCUGGGCACUGGCAACGCCCUCCACAGCCUCGACCGACAAACCCACCGCUGAUAGUCACGGCUUCGCUCUAAUAUCCGGCGGAGCAGACUCAGUCGUCACCUUCUGGAAAGACACCACUUCCGCCACGCUCUCUGCUGCAGUAAACGCAAAUACCGAGCGGAUUGAGCAGGACCAACAGCUGCAGAACUACAUACAUGCCGGUGCGUACCGCGAAGCCAUUACUCUGGCGCUACAGCUAAACCAUCCCGCCCGUCUCCUAUCCCUCUUCACUGCCGCUAUGGAUGGAUCACGGAUCGCAGAUAGCGAAACGGAAAAGGAGAGUCUUACCGGAAAUCCAGACAUCGACACCGUUCUUCAAUCCCUCGACAAAGAUAAUCUGUACUCGCUCCUCUUGCGUGUUCGAGACUGGAAUACCAAUGCUAGAACUGCUCCCGUGGCACAGCGCAUUCUAUACGCACUAUCCAAGUCGUACCCACCGUCGACAUUUAUCGAAUUAGCCAACUACCGCCACACGGCGCCACAAGGUGGUCGGAAUAAAUAUAGGCCGCAAUCUAUGAAAGAGAUUCUGGAUACGCUGGUAGCAUAUACGGAACGGCAUUAUAAGAGGAUUGAGGAGCUUGUGGAUGAAAGUUAUCUCGUGGAAUGGGUUCUUGGGGAGAUGAAUGGGGGAAUUGGCGGCGGAAGGUUCCUGAAUGGAGGGGGAGAGAUGGGACAAGGCCAAGAUGUUAUUAUGGCCGGGGUGUGAGUUGGGCUGCCUUUUGGAUGUAUUAUUAUAUAUAGAAGGCUGGCUUUUUAAAUGUUCGCGGGCAUUACUGAAAAUUAGACGGGCAACGGGAUGUCCAUUGAUGCAAGGAGUUAAAAAGGGGAAUUAUAAACGAAUUUUAGCCUAUAUAAUAUAGGAACGCAAGAGUUUCGUAUGUACCGUUAUUGUUGCAUGGACAUUUUCUAUAUUACAUCCAAAAUAAGCUAAACCGAAACUUUUAAGGGGGUAUCUAUGUAUGCAUUUUAAUACACUUCCUCACGGCGCGACCGACUCUUCCUGCUGUCAUCUCUAUCUCUAUCAUAGCGGUCCCUUUUGUCACUUGUCGAGGGCCUAUCCCUGUCCCGACGCGAGUCUCUGGCUGCAGAGCGAUCAGGUCCAGAUGCUGAAGAUGAAGGCCGGGAUCUGUAGUCACCGCCAUAAUCAUAAUCGUCAUCGUAUGAUUUCCUGCUACCUCUGUAUUUCCGAUCCCGAUCGCUAUGGUCACUUCUGCGGUCCCCGUGGUACCGAUCAUCCAGCCCACUGUCAAUUGCAUCCGCUUCACGAUCUUUAUAUCGUUUCCUCCUAUCUCUGGCUCCGUCUUUAUCUCCGGAUGUUCCACUCCCGUUUCGACGUUUAUACCCAUCGUCGCUUUCGCUACUGAAAUCAUCAUCCCUUUCAGAACGACGAUCUCGAUCCGGACCUCUAUCUCUCCCAUGCAACUGCAAAUUCCUGUCCCUCCUUUCACGCCAGCUAUCCUCCGCGCCCUUCUUGGUCCCUUCAGAUCUGCUGUGCUUAACCAGUCGAUUAAACUCCUCCUGCGUUAUCAUCUCCCCCGUCUUCUUGUUCCUCAUGAGGACAGGGGUAUAAAGACCUUCACCAGGCUUCUUAGCCUUCAUCAUGGCUGAUUUCCCCCAAGCGCCCAACUCAACUUCAGAACCACUGCCGCUCUUAUCAUUCCCCGGAAGUUCUUUGGCUCCGAUGCCUAGGUACCCAGGUCUCCUCUCUGUUAUGCGAGGCUUCGUAGCCCUCGCAUUCGUAUUUCCAUAUUUGCCCCUGCCAAUAGGCUCUCCGUCUUUCCAUCCCAUACCUCGUAGCAAAGCGGCCCCAAACUCCUCGACAGGAAUGGCACUAUAGGCCGCCAAACUAGCCGGUUCGGGCCGCGACGCAACAUCAGCACGGAAUGAUUUCGUCUCAUCGAACCGCUCCUCUUCCCCACCAUAGCCUUCAUAUUCAUCCCCAUCCCGCACUUUCCUCUUCCCCGAGAUAACAAGGUCUGAUCGCCUCGUUGGCUCUCCGCCGUCCCCUUUGCUCUCACGUAUAAGAGCCUGCAUCGCAAUCUCAUCCUGCGUUAAGGGCUUUUGCGGUACCUCCUCCUCCCCGUCCGGCUGUUUGUCCUCCAUUUCCAUUUCCUUUUCUACAGUACCAGCGUCCGCCAUCCUCACAUCGCCAUCUCCCCCCGCUCCCUCCGAUUUCUCUGCAAGGCUCAGCCCAAAUUUCAUACUCGGGCCCUCAACCUCUCUCGUCGCAUCAGCAGAAGCAAUACCGCUCGCCUCCGCCUCUCUCUGCGCCCUAACCUCCGCUGGCAACAAAUUCAACCCUUUCCUCUUCCGCUGCCACGGCCUCUCCUGCCAAUUAUUCUUGCUCUCAACUUUAAUAACAAGGGGUUUCUUCUCCUGCUCUGCGCGUCUAUGGGCACUUAUGGCGCCACCAGCUUCACGGUCGAAGCCCGUCACUUCUUCCACGACGGGUCCUUCGUUACUACUGUCAUCGUUAUCGGAGUCAUGGGCUUGGAAUGUGCGGGGGCGGCGGGGGAGGGAUUCAGCUGUGGGUUUGGAGGAGGGGCCAUUUGUGGAUUUGGUAGGACAUGUCGAAGAUGGUGGGGAUAGCUUCUUAUUUUGCGAAGUGGAGGAGAGCGAUAUGGAGAAGGGUUUGGGUUUCGGGUUGGGGUUGGAGUCCCCAGAAGACAUGGCUGCGAUAGGAGUGGAAUAUGGCAGCCUCGUCUGGAAAAGAGAUGAGGGAAAAAAAAAAAAAAGAAAACUAAGGAAAUACUGAGUUAGGCUGUUUGGUAUGUCAUAGGAGUUUCGUGGGAGUUUGAAUUGGCGCUGUGAUGGGUGCGCAGUAGUUUUGUUAAUGCCGCUGGAGUGGAGCAAUGGUGGCGUCAAAUAGACGCGGCAAGCGCGAGACAAGCUAGGCUUUUUUCAGACAAAAUAUCGAUUAUUUCCAGGCCUCCAGUAAUUAAAAAAUU